UUCCUGCAUUUUUCCCACCUCUGCAGGCUGUCCAGCAGCUCAGCCCAGUUUCCACCCACAGGCCAGAGCAAAGGGGGAGUCAGGCACAUUACUGCACAUUACUGCUCACUCCUCAUUACUGAUCACCUGGAGCAGCACGGCUGCACUGUGUGCCUUCACUCAACUUUUCUCCCCCCACACAGAGGAUCGUCUGCCACCCACUGAAACCAUGCUGGAGCUGUUGUUGGUGAUGCUGUGUGGACUGUCCAGCUGCGUACUAGCCAAAGAUUUAGAAGCUAAAGGAAGGUUCAGGUCUCCGGUUCUGGAUGUGAAUGACAAACAGCUUGUCCUGGAGAAGAACCAGACACUCCAGCUGAACUGCAGGGGUCGGUGGGACCUAAAGUGGGAUUUUCCCUCUGGAGUGCCCAAGGACUAUCCAGGUGCCCGUGUAGAGGAAUCCCGCUGUGGAAAGCAUGCAAGUCAGUACUGUAGCCGACUGAUUCUCAGCCCUGCAUUAGCCCAGCAUACAGGCUCCUUCCGCUGCCGUUAUGUCCACAAGCAGCGCAAGCAUACUUCCAUCUAUGUCUACAUCACAGAUAGCCAGCGGCCAUUUGUGAAGGUGCAGAAAGAGAUUCCAGACGUGGUCUACAUGCAGGAAGGAAAAAACUUAGUGUUUCCCUGCAGAGUCACUGACCCGGACACCAAAGUCUCAUUGAUCAAAUUUCCUAAGCACAAACUUGGCACUGAUCAGAGAAACGUCAUUUGGAACAGCAGACGGGGCUUUGUCAUCCGCAGCCCCACAUACUUCUACGUUGGUCUUUUCUACUGUGAAACUGUCAUCAAUGGGAUUACAUACAGCAAUAAGUUUUUGACCCACAGACCAGUGAAUAAGAUCCAGGAUGUGUAUUUGAACAACACUGGCUUGGUUCAAGCUCUCCAGGGAGAGUUGCUGGCCUUGAACUGCACCGUUACAGCUGAGUGGAACUCCAGGGUGUCCAUUAGCUGGACUUACCCUGGGCAGGCCAAUAGUACAGCUUCAAUUAGUAAGCGUAUUACCAAAAGCAAAAACAACAUGGUCUUCUAUAGCGUUCUUACUAUACAUAAACUGCGCAAGGCUGACAAAGGAGUGUACACAUGCAAUGUGGCAAGUGGUCCAGCAAAGCGACAAGCAAACUCUUCAGUUAUAGUUUAUGACCGCCCUUUCAUCAGGCUAAAGUACAGAGAUCGUCCAGUGGUACAGGCUUAUGCAGGACAGAAAUCCUUCCGCCUGUCUCCGAAAUUACGGGCUUUCCCUGAGCCUGAGGUUAUCUGGUUGAAGGAUGGGAUGGUGGCUGCUGAGCAAUGUUCACGAUACCACGUGGAUGGCUAUUCUCUAGUGAUUCGAGAUGUUGCAGAGGAAGAUUCAGGAGUCUACACCAUCCUCACUGGCAUCCAGCAGUUUGGACUUUACCAGAACCUCACACUCUCACUUGUGGUGAAUGUGAAGCCUUGGAUAGGGGAGAAAGCUGUGGCGGUACACGACCCAAGGACAGUCCCGCGGAGCAGCAUUCAAGCCCUCCGCUGCACAUCCCAAGGUGUCCCACCAUCUCGCAUCCAAUGGUUUUGGCAUCCCUGCCCUCCUAAAGGCCUAUGUGAGCCGGUUUCCUCCUCCUGGAUGGCGGUGAGCGAGCGGACAGUGGUCACGUCCACCCACAACCCUAUCCUGAGCAUCAGCCACAGACAGGAAGUACUGCAAGGGAAGAAUAAGACUGUAGGUAUUUUAACAGUUGGCAAGGCAUUAAUAUCUGGCAUCUAUCGCUGCAUUGCUUCCAACUCCAUGGGAAGAGAUGAACUGGACAUCCACUUCUAUGUUACAGAUAUCCCAGGAGGUUUCAGUGCUUCACUGGAGGAUGAACCAAGAGAGGGGGGUGAAGUUCACCUGUCCUGUGCAGCCAAUAAGCACCUGUACUCAAAUGUGUCGUGGUACAGAGUGACCAAUAGCUCCUUAGUGCUGAUGAAUGGUCUAUUUUUUGGCAGUGAGCUGACAGAGGGAGAGUUUUCUCUCACUUUACGCCUGCUGUUGAAGAAUCUCACGAUGCAGCACUCCGGGACGUACCGCUGCUUUGCCAAACACCUGCUUACAGGAGAACAUACUCAUCUGGAUACACUGAUGAAGGUCACAGCCCUGGAGGCUCCUGUGCUUCUGCAGAACCUCAGUGAUUGCAAUGUAAAUGUGCGCAGCUCUGUCACUCUCCACUGCCUGGCCCAUGGGGUGCCACGGCCCCUCGUCACAUGGUACAAGGACCAGAGGAGACUCAAGCAGAUGUCUGGUAUCAUGCUGGCGCCAGAAGAGGGUACACUUCACAUUGAACGUAUCACUGUUGAGGAUCAGGGGCUGUAUACCUGUGAGGCCACCAAUGAGAAAGGAUCUGUGGAGAGUUCUGCCUACAUUUCAGUUGAAAACUCUGAGUCUUUCUCUUUGGAGAUCCCCACACUGGCCUGUACCUGUGUUGUGGCCACACUCUUUUGGCUGCUCCUAACCCUUCUCAUCCGGAAACUCAAACAGCCAAGCUCAGCAAAUACUAAAACAGAGUACCUGCCAAUCAUCCUGCACCCAGGGGAGGGGCCUCUGGGUGAACAUUGUGACAGGCUACAGUAUGACCCUGAAAAGUGGGAGUUCCCACGGGAGCGCCUUCAGCUAGAGAAGUCAUUGGGACGAGGAGCAUUUGGCAAAGUCAUGCAGGCUUCAGCUUUUGGCAUUGGAAACUCAGCCAGCCGCAUAACUGUGGCUGUCAAAAUGCUGAAAGAGGGCGCCACACCUAGCGAGCACAAGGCCCUGAUGACUGAGCUGAAGAUUCUCAACCAUAUUGGACAUCAUCUGAAUGUGGUCAAUCUGCUCGGGGCCUGCACCAGACCAGGAGGGCCUCUCAUGGUCAUAGUGGAAUACUGCAAGUAUGGCAACCUCUCUGCAUACCUGAAGAGUAAGCGGGAUGUGUUUAUGUUAAACAGGUGUGGUGGUCUGUCUCAGAUGAAUGGAGGAGAGGAAAGUGGAAGGGAAGAAGAGAACAAGAGCCACGUGGAGAGUGUGUGCAGUACCCAGAUUGACCCGAGCUGUGCGGAGAAAGGAGAGGGCUGCAAGCAGGGCAGUGGUGCUAGCUCCACCACUAACACUCCACUGCUCCUAGAGGAUCUGAUCUCCUACAGCUUCCAGGUGGCGAGAGGCAUGGAGUUCCUUGCCUCACGCAAGUGUAUCCAUCGAGACCUUGCUGCCCGAAACAUCUUGUUGUCCGAAAACAAUGUUGUGAAAAUCUGUGAUUUUGGCCUGGCUCGGGACCUUUACAAAGACCUUGACUACGUACGCAAGGGGGACGCUCGUUUACCUCUGAAAUGGAUGUCACCAGAAUCGAUCUUCGACAAGGUUUUCACGCCUCAGAGUGAUGUCUGGUCAUUCGGAGUUCUGCUGUGGGAGAUCUUCUCACUUGGGGCAUCCCCAUAUCCAGGCCUUAACAUGGAUGAGGAGUUUUGCCACAGACUAAAACAAGGAACUCGCAUGCGUGCUCCAGAGUACAGCACCCCUGAAAUCUACAACAUCAUGUUAACAUGCUGGGAGAAAAAUCCUGCAGAUAGACCCACAUUCACUGCACUAGUCAGCACAUUGGGAGACCUGCUGCAAGCCCGUGUCCAGCAGGAUGGGAAGGAUUACAUUCCCUUGAAAACGUUUCUGUGUGGAGAGAGUGGCACACACCAGGGAAGCCAGAGCUACAUCAAUACCAGAAUUGAAACCAUCACCACUUUUGAAGAGGAUCUCAACAGAGAAGUCCCAGAUGAUUCCCUGUAUGACAGUGGCAUAGUUCUCCCCUCUGAAGAAUUUCUUUGGCCGAAAUGGAGCAACAAAUUCAAAACCAAGAUAACCAAGUUCUUUUCCAAGUGUCGCUGCCAGGAAAAGAUACAGCCCACUCCAGUGCUUCCCUGUAUGAGCAGUGCCCCCUGUGGCAGAGGGGAGAACGAUGCUAAUGUUAUUCCCUCUGAUUUGGAAUCUGAUGGUUGUGGCUCUCCUCCCCCUGACUAUGAUGCUGCGCUCCUCUACCCCUCUCUUUAACACAUUCACUCCUUCAGCCAGGCUGAGAUGAACUUACGCAUUUUUCCUCUAGUGCUGUGACUUGGCAUUACUGUCAGACAGUGUUUAUUGAUAGCUGCAGGCACUGGAAGUGGGUUAAAAAGAAAACAGAAAAAGAUCAGCACUGCUUCAGAAGUACAAAUUUGAGGAUACAAAGAUCCAGUUGAUGGCAGUAAUUUAAUGUGCUCCAUUUUUGUGCAAAUUAGAAAAAAGCAAGAUCUCACGUUUUUAACUUAAACUCUAUUGGCUGUGGCUAGAGAUCUCAAAUGAAGAGCACAUCUCGCCACAAAUCUUGGAAAGUUUCCAGUAUAUUAGCUUUUAAUAUUUCAGUAGUUAAAGCCUGUAUUUGAUUACUUACUACAUAUAUGUAAGCAAGAUUAUAAAACAGGGACUCAAAGUGUGAUGACAAUUGUUUAAAAUCUCAUUUUAAAGAAAGGCUGGGCUGAUAGAUGUUAGUGCAUAUUCUAGCAAAUAUAGGGGCCUUGUUACUGUCUUCUUUUUAAAAGAUUUUCUGUCUGGUCCUUUGAGACACCUGGCAAAUCCCUAUUUUUGAAUUUGGAUUUCUUUACACAUCUGAACUAGGUAACCAGCAAGCCACAUGCUUUACAAAUAAUACAACAAACCCCUUAAAUACCAAAAUAGUGGGCUUCUAGAAAAAAAAUAUUACUGGCUUAAGUAAGUCAGGAGAAUACUCUGCAUUUCUAUUACAAAUAAAUGUCACAUUGUUGGUUCUGAGUUAAGGCUGGAUUGGGAAGCCAUUGUGCUUCCUGACUGCCAAAGUCACCAGGGUUCCUAUCUCAGCCAGGCUGUCGCUGUCCAUACCUCAUGGUGCUGAAAGACUCCACAUGGCAAUCCAUUCUUCAUGUGUAAUGUCUUUCUCUUUCCACCUUACCUGCCCUUCCUGACCUCUCACAUCAUCAGUGCUAUAAACAAAUCAAGUAGAAAUGUAUUAGGCCAUUAAUCUAUCUAUCACCUCAGUCUACACAGCCUCACUUUAACAGUCCCUUAAAAAUUCCUUGUUAGUAUAAAAAAUUACACAAUUGUUAAUUCAAAGCCUUAAUUUUCCAGAUUUCCUUCACUACCUAUGACCAAAUAUUUCAAGUUAAUGAAUCUAAUUUUCAUUGCAUUUUUAGAUUUGAUCUACCCCAAUCCUUCUCACUGGGAACAUUGACAGAGACCUCAUGCGGCAGAGCCCUUUAUAUUUUGGAAGCACUAUAGACACUUUAAUAUACAGAAUGGCAUAUAAUUCAGCUUUCAUUUAAACUUAAGUCUUAUUUCUAAUCUCAUCGCCCAUCCUUUCCAUCACAUAUGUCAGUGUUUCCUCCAAAGUAUCCUUUAAAGGAAAUGUCUCUGAAACUCUACAGAGGGACUGGGCCAUCGUCACUUUAUUAUACUUUUUUCACUGAGCAGCUAAAUCUUUCUAUUUAUCUACUGUAGUGCACUAACUACAACCUUAGGCUUCUGUAGGUAAGGUGCAUGACAUUCAACUGUAGAGCAUCACAAAUGUCACAGAUCUGUGUUGCCUAAGCAUAUGCUGGAAGUCUACAACAGACUAUAUUUAUUUACACCAACUACCGCAGCAAUACUGCAGCAAUAAGUAUGCUGAAUUUAAUCUAUGAAGCUACUGAAGAGGAAGCCACGUCAGUGGUUUUGACACAGUUAACAAUGUAAGUCUAUUAUGUAUCACUAGAUAUUUAUGACAUUUAAGAUAUAAGCUUCUGGAACACAUUUAUUGAAGUGUUACAAAGUAUAUAGCAGUAGCAGAAUAAAAAUGAAGUAUAAUGUAAAAAGCAGAAUGCUGUUAUGCACCAUGGUCAGUGUUGUGUCUUGGUAACGUAGGGAUUUCCAAACUGGUUUCUGUGCAUGAAUGAUAAUGAAGGUGAUGUAAUAUGACUUGUGUUUGCAAAACUGAAACCUACAUCCCAAACCUAGACACUGAACUGCAAGAAAUACACUGAAUGGCACUGUAAAGUUUUGUAUUCUUUAUUAAAAUACUGUUGUACACACAAAUAUUGCAAAAUGUGAGACAAUGAACACAAGAAGGGCAUAAAAAGUACUAAGAUUGUGA